AUGGCCAAACGUUUCUCUGCUUUUUCUGUACAUCUUUCAUUAGUGUUUUGUUUCUUCCUAUUCGCCAUGACCCUUAACACUGUUCAUGCUCAACAAUGUCUAAACAAAAAGAACGCUCCUUUCUCUCCUACUCCAUGUUCUAAUUGUAAUUUCUGUUCAGGUUUGGGAAGUUCUCCUUCUUGCUGCACUUUGGCUGAUGAUGUUCGUAUUAAAGACAGUGUUUCAAUUUUCGAUAUUGUUGGGGGAGCUUGUGUUGAUGUAGCGAAAGAGAUGGCAUGCUCCUUGUGUGAUCCUAAAAAUCAAAAAUAUAUUGACACAACGACCAUGGAAGUUAAACUUUGUAAAAGUGCUUGUGUGAAAUUGGCUGACACAUGUAAAACUGGAGCAGCACGAUUGUGUGAUGCCUUACCAACUACGGAUUGUUGGAGUGCUGCAACCAGCGGUCUUCAAGUCGUGUGGUCGUUGUCUGUGUUGUUGAUUUGUGUCAUUACAUUUUUGAUGUAA